AGCGACCGGAUGAACUCGACGUGGAGAUUCCGCAGGAGCUGGGGCUUGGUUGAGGCCAUGGCGGAUUGCGGGAUACGAGUGAGAUGACGGUGAGCAAUGGAGCCAGAGCGAAUCACAAAGUCUGGCGGCUUUGAUCGGCGCGAGCCAGGGCCACCCCAAUCAGCGAGGCUCGCCUCAACCGCACAGACGACGGACGGCCUGCGACCCGAAGCCGCUCAGGACCAUCCUCCAAACACCCGAGGACGCUCUGUCUUUCAGCGCCCAGAAGCAGGACCGUCGCUUGCUGCAGCGCCGAUUCUCGCCAAGGACACGUCAGAGACAGACCCUUGGUCCUUCGCGAUCACCAGAACAGCUCGUCGCCUCAUAACGACCACGCGAUACACAAUGUCGGCGAACGUGCGCAUCCAUCCCUCCGUAGAGGCCAAGCCAACGCCGUCGGAUCCUUAUGACGAGUCCAUCUACGCACUGGUCAAGCCCGCACCAACCGUCCCAGCCAUGUACCGCUCCAAGUUUGCUCAGUCGGUGCGGGCGGAUCUGAAGGCCUCUCGCACUCCUACCAAGCCGGCGGGCGGCUCCAGAGUGCCGAUGCAGGGCUUGGGCAAGGUCAUGAGCCCGCUCAACUCGUCGCAUGGCUCGGCGUCAGACAUGAUGCCCGGUCGCAAGGGUUCUCCAACAGCGCCUGUCAAUGCAGCCCAUCCGUCCCAGGGCACGGUCCCAUGCUCCUCGACAGGCCUGUAUUUUGCCACUGGGAGAAGCCAGCCGACAGCGCCGACCAAAACGGUUCGCGGCCGGAAAGGCAAGAAAGCAUCGCUGCGACAGCCCGUCCCGACUCGACUUGAGAUGCUGGAUGUCGGGGCCGACGACGACAUCAUCGGGAGUGCAUCCGACGAGGCUCAUGACGGCAGAGAGCGAGGAUCGGCCAUCCGGAGCAAGCCAGGAGCAGUCCGCAAGACGACACCAGCGACGACCCGAUCGUUGGCAGGCCAGCCACCAGCACCAAAGCACGAGCUGGCCGGCACCAUCUCUGUCAACGAACGGGGCGAGAAGCUGGUGCUGCUGACGGAGCAGGAGCGACUGCAGAAGCUCUCUGAGCUCCAGGCCUUCCACUCGCAGCUCGAACGGGACUAUUCGCGGAUGCCGAUCGUGGUGGACACGUUCUCACAGAAACGCAGGAAGCAGAAGCUGGAAGAUGACCUGCGGCAGGUCGAGUCCAUGAUCAGCAAGAUGAGCCACAAGAGUGUCAUCGAGGCCCGAUAGGGGCAGGCAGCGAUGCGUUUGCGGACCCAGGCCGGCCGAUGCACAGACAUCCGUGCUCGGUGCCGGGGACAAAUUUGAGCGGACCAUGGGCCCACGGGGGGAGGCGACGCUGUCGACAACGAGCAAGCGAUGCCCAGGUGACUGCCGGACAACGACCGGGCAGCGACAGAGUGAUGGCCAGGAGAUAUCUGCUGCGACUGAGCGACAACCCAAAUGCAGGAGUCUCGACCACGGCCUGGCCCGCAU